AUGGUGACUGACGUCCAGCUGGCCAUCUUUGCCAAUAUGCUUGGCGUGUCGUUAUUCCUGCUGGUUGUGCUGUACCAUUAUGUUGCUGUGAAUAACCCCAAGAAGCAGGAGUAGAUUUCCCUACAAUGACUGGAGAAGUGAGAUAAGAAUUUGAGUCCUAAUCUCUCCAUCCGGUCCACCUUGAGAAGAUGUUCUGUUGCACCGUACCUCUUUAUUUCUAAUAAAAAUGUCUUAAUUCAA